UUCAAGGCUUCCUCCCCCCCCCUCCUCCCUCUUCCCAUCUCCGUCCUCGAUAUUUCCGCGUUUCUGUCCUUCGCUUCUGAGAGUGAGCGAGCUCGUCAGCUAGAGCGACUGCAACUGAGCUUGGCGAUUCGACGCGCGUGGGCCAUGCUCGAGUCGCCGCUCUCCGCGGUGUCAGCUGCAGCGGCUGCUGUUCCCGCCACUCCUGCUGAAACCGGGAUGCUCCGAUCCGCGUUACACGUGUCCGCGCGGCAGCUCCGGACCGCGAUCGGCGGAGCGGCUCGGCUUCCGAGCAGCCACAUCAGCAGGCUCCCUCCAGCCUCCGCCUUGCACCUGCCUGCCCUCCGCCUCCCCUCGCGCCCCCUUCCGCUCCUCUCCCGCGCAUCUCCUUCCGCCCUAUCCGCUUCCGCGCCCCGAUUCCCCUCCCCCGCGUCACUGCCUUAUGGGGCAACUCGCGCGCGCGGAAUCACCUCCGCGUCCGCUGCUGCGUCUGGGUCUGACGGCGCAGCUGCGCCUUCAGUCGCUGUUGCUGCUGACGAGGCAGAGAGCAGCAGCGGCGGCAGUGGCGGUGUGACUGAAAAGGAGGUUGCUAAAGCGAGGGGCGGAAAGAAGGGCGUGCGGAAGGACGGGAAUGACGCAGCAUCUGGCGCAGCGGCCAAGUCUGGUUCGGGGUCUGGGGGUGAGAGUUCGGGGGAGGAUGACGUGGAGGUGGAGCUGCCACGUGAGCCGCUGCCGACCAAUGAGAGCUCAGAGAAGCUGCUGCGGAUCAGACACACGUCCGCCCAUGUGAUGGCCAUGGCGGUGCAGAGGCUCUUCCCCAAGGCGCAGGUGACCAUCGGCCCAUGGAUCCAAAACGGCUUCUACUACGACUUCGACCUGGACGAGCCGCUGACCGACAAGGACCUCAAGAAGAUCAAGAAGGAGAUGGACAAGAUCAUGUUCAAGAAUCUCCCUCUGCGCCGCGAGGAGGUGUCGCGAGAGGAGGCGGCGCGGCGCAUCAAGGAGAUCAACGAGCCGUACAAGCUGGAGCUGCUGGACAGCAUCCAGACGGAGCCCAUCACCAUCUACCACAUCGGAGACGAGUGGUGGGACCUGUGUGCGGGCCCGCAUGUGGAAUCCACCGGCAAGCUCCCCCGUAAGGCGAUAGAGCUGGAGUCGGUGGCAGGGGCGUACUGGCGGGGCGACGAGAAGCGCGCCAUGCUGCAGCGGAUCUAUGGCACAGCGUGGGAGAGCGAGGGGCAGCUGCAGCAGUACAAGCGGCAGGUGGAGGAGGCGAAGAGGCGGGACCACAGGAAGCUGGGGAAGGAGCUGGGGCUGUUCUCCAUCCAGGAGGACGCAGGGGGCGGACUGGUGUUCUGGCACCCCAGGGGGGCACGGGUGAGAUCAAUGAUCGAGGAGUACUGGCGGCAGGAGCACCUGCGGCGGGGGUACGAGCUGCUGUACACGCCACACAUGGCGAAGCUGGACCUGUGGAAGACCAGCGGGCACUACGAGUUCUACCGCGAAAACAUGUUCGACCAGAUGGAGGUGGAGGAGGAGCACUACCAGAUCCGUCCCAUGAACUGCCCCUUCCACAUCAUGCUCUAUAACGACUCGCUGCACUCCUACCGCGACCUCCCCAUCAGAUGGGCGGAGCUGGGCACUGUGUACCGCUAUGAGCGCUCUGGAACGAUGCAUGGGCUGUUCCGCGUGCGCGGAUUCACUCAGGACGACGCGCACAUCUUCUGCCUGCCGUCCCAAAUCCGGGACGAGAUCCGCGGAGUGCUGGACCUCACAGAGACCAUGCUCACGGACUUUGGCUUCCAGCAGCUGGAGAUCAACCUCUCCACGCGGCCUGAGAAGUCUGUUGGCGAUGACGCUAUCUGGGAGCAGGCCACGCAGGCUCUGAGGGAGGCCCUGGCGGACAAGGGGUGGGAGUACAGCGUGGAUGAGGGCGGCGGAGCGUUCUAUGGCCCCAAGAUCGAUGUGAAGAUCAUGGAUGCUAUCGGCAGGAAGUGGCAGUGCUCCACCAUCCAGGUGGACUUCAACCUGCCGCACCGAUUCGGCAUGGUCUAUGUGGAUGCGGAUGGCACUCGCCGCCCGCCCAUCAUGAUCCACCGCGCCAUCUUUGGUUCCCUGGAGCGAUUCUUUGGUAUCCUUAUUGAGAACUAUGCGGGAGACUUCCCCCUGUGGUUUGCUCCCACUCAGCUCCGAUUGCUGCCGGUUACUGACUCAGAGCUGCCCUUCUGCAAAGAAGUGGUGGCUAGCCUAUUGGAGCGGGGCAUUCGUGCUGAGGUGGCGAGUGGUGAAAGGCUGGGCAAGUUGAUUCGCAAUGCGGAGACUCAGAAGAUUCCGGUGAUGGCUGUGGUUGGCCCCAGGGAGGUGGAGUCUAGGUGCCUCAAUGUGCGCACUAGGAAGGGCGGAGAGCUUGGAGCCCUGUCUGUGGACGAAGUCGCGAGGAAGAUCGAAGAAGCGGUGGCUAAUAAGGGGUAUUUGUGAUAGCAUUCUGCACUGUUGAUACACGAAAUCAUUCUUAAAACUUGUCAUCACACAAGUUUUGUACGAGUCGGACCCACGCAAUCUUGUAUGAUUUACGUUUAGCUUGAUGCUAGAAUUGCUCGAUCCAUUUACAGUUGAUCUGAUAAAUAGCUCGUACAAAUUGGUAACACGCCCACUUUCGCGUGAAGU